AGGUUAACUAUCUUAGCUGUCAACAUGGCAGAUGAAGCCACUAGGAAAGUAGUUUCUGAAAUACCAUUGCUGAAAACGAAUUCUGGACCAAGAGACAAAGAGUUAUGGGUUCAGAGACUCAGAGAGGAAUAUCUGGCCCUGAUCAAAUACGUUGAAAAUAAUAAGAAAGCUGACAACGAUUGGUUCCGUUUGGAGUCCAACAAAGAGGGAACGAGGUGGUUUGGGAAAUGCUGGUAUAUCCAUGAGCUUCUUAAGUAUGAAUUUGACAUGGAAUUCGAUAUUCCAGUUACGUAUCCAGCAACAGCACCUGAAGUGGCUAUUCCUGAACUAGAUGGAAAGACUGCAAAAAUGUACAGGGGUGGCAAGAUCUGUUUGACAGAUCAUUUCAAACCACUUUGGGCAAGAAAUGUGCCAAAAUUUGGAUUGGCUCAUCUUAUGGCCCUAGGACUUGGACCCUGGCUUGCUGUGGAGAUACCUGACCUUAUUUCUAAGGGCCUUAUACAUCAUAAAGAGCAGCAGAGCAGCUGAAAAGGGACCGCAGACUUUAUCCAAGAGAACGAUGGGAAAGGCCCCUUGCUGUCUUAACAAGCUAACCCCAGACCAGCUAAAGACUGACAUGAGGCUUUUUGUCUUUGCAUUGAUGGGAAUUCUUACAGUUAUGAUCUGAUUGGCCAUGGCUCUCAGAAAUGGCAUGGCAUAUCUGUGCAUUUUGGCUGAGCAUACAUCCAAGACCUGUAAGAGCAGUUGUAGAAUACUGUUUGCUAUCAGUAAAGAAACUAAAUGCCCAAAUAAGGGACCAUUCUAGUUUAAAAGGCUUCUAAACUUGUGCAUUGUAAAUUGUAAAACAUGUUUUUCUGUUUAUCAUGAUUAAUUGUAAUGUAUUGACAACAAAUUAAACAGAAGUCAACCCA